GUACCCUAAUGGUGGUCGCUGUUCCCGCCCCCGCGAAUGACGUCAUCGCCUCGCGGCCCCGUUGUGCCAUUGUAUCCGCAAUGUGUAAACUUACAGAGCCACCACUCACGUCGCACAGUGGGUGCAAACCUUCUGCUGCUAGGCAUUGUGCCAUCGCUGGACCUGCAAACCUGCAAAUAUUUAGACCAUCAACGACAGAUGUGUAGUCAGGUUCUGAAACUCCUGUAUCAUACUCACCAACACCCUCAAGUCAAUUUCCUCCCUGAUCCUUCGCCCACCUGCAAAACUGUUAGUCUGCAACAGUUCACCCAGCCUUGCUCACUCCUGGAUCGGUGCAGAAAAUCACACACCCCUGAGAAUUGGCACCACUGCGAACCAAAAGUGUCCAACUUCGGUCGGGACUUCCACAUACGACUACGCAAUAUUGCUGAGCCUAAAACAGUCACGUUUACACAUUGCUACUCAGAUUAUCUCGUAUUCCCCUCCCCUACUGUUCCCAGCCCUCACACUCUUCUAACCUCUUAUUGAACUCUACUCACCCGCUUUGGUAAAAAUAAAAAUAAAAAACUUUGU